CAUGCGUAAACACCAGCGUUGAAAAAAAAAGUGGUUUGAUUGUAAAAUAAAUUGUUAAUUUUGAGUUUUAUUGCUACAAAGAAGGCUGGAAGAAACAUUUCCAAUAAACAGUAUCUGCCUUAAUUCAUUUAUUCAUCUUUAAAAUCAUGCUUUUUGUCCUUAAAUGUAUGGAACAAAUCUCACUGGGUGCCAAAUAAAUCAAUAUUUCUUAAAGUGAAAUUGUUCUUAUUCUGAUUUUUAUUCAAAAUAUAUUUGAAUCAAAGUAAAACUUUCACAUUUAUUAUGAAGGACUUUUUAAAAUGAGGAUGAAUAAGAUGAUAAAAUGUGGACUAUGUGUUUUAUUGCGGCUUGAGGUGUAAUGUCAAAGUGCGUAACGAUUCUUACUCGCGCAGUCGGUGAUUUGGGAAGAAAGAGAUUAGUAAGAGUGGUAUUUCCUUUUUUCUCCCCCUCUCUCUCUCUCUCUCUUUAGUUGUAUGCUCAAGUCCCAUUCUCUGGUCAAGUUCAGUGCGUUGUUCUCCGGACCGGACGGACGCUUCUUAUUGGUAGGUUGCGACAGUUACAUCACGCCGCUCAUGACGCGCACGUCUUCCUGUUUCCUUCAGCCGCGUCUUAAAGUGAAUCUUAGUGGCGGAGGAGCGCUCCAGCAUCCAGUCCCUCUGCAUCCAGUGCGCCUCGGAGACGCACACACGCAGUCUCUCUCUCUCUCUUUCGCACCCUCUCUUGCACUCUCUCUAUGUCUCUCACUCUUUCAGUCACAGCAGAGGAUAGAGGGAGAGACCGACGCGCAAGAGCUCUUUUCAUCUUCUAUAUUUUUCCUAUUUUGUUCCUUUCGCCGGCGCCGCUGACUUUAUUCCAGCUCUCCUUCCUCCUCUGAGAAACUGUUACAUCCCCAGCAUCCAGCGAUCCGCCGAGCUCUGCGUUGUAUAUUCUGUCUUUUUUGUGUGUUGUUGCCGUAGGAGUUCAGGUUGUCCCCCUCUUCAUCUAAAGGGUACUCAGAGGCUUUGAUCCUAGAGGACUGGGUUUGCGGGAUAUGGCCCAAUAGCAGCAGCCCGUGAUGCCGGACCAUGACAGCGACUCCCUCCUGAACAGACAGACCAAGCGAAGACGUGUGGACAUUGGUGUUAAGAGGACCGUGGGCAGCACAGCCUCCUCCACAGCAGCAGCCACAACAACAACCACUGAUAACAUUGCCCGCGCCAAAGCAGCCAUUUUCAGUGCCAUGAACUCUCUGAGCUCCCACUCUCACCACGGAUCAGACACCGACUCCAUGGAGUGCUCUGUAGUGCAGCCACAUGGUGGGCCUGGCGUUGUGUCAGCCAGCGACAGCGAGUCCAAGUCUAAUGUACUCCGAAAGCUACUGAAGAGGGCCAACUCAUACGAGGACACCAUGAUGCCCUUCCCUGGCACCACAAUUAUCUCCCAGCUUCUCAAGAAUAACAUGGCGAAAAAUGGAGGGGGACCCGAGAGGGGAGAAAGAGGGGACAGGGGUGAUAGAGGGGAUGUCGGCUUCCCCGGAUCAGGGCUUUCCAAUGCAAGUUCAGAUGCUCCCCAGGAAGAUGCCUGCAGUAACUCCUCCCAUGAUAGCACCCCUCAAGAAUGCUUGUCACCCUUUGGUCGCCCUCCCGGCCUGGCCUCAUUUGACAUUGAACGUCUCAAUGAUGAACACCUGCGUGCCAAGCGAGCCCGCGUAGAGAACAUUAUACGUGGUAUGAGCCACUCGCCCAGUGUGGUGGUACCUGCUGCCUCCCGUCAUGAGCGCGACCAUGAGAUGGAUGGAGACCGGGAGAUGGAUCUAGACUGCCCACCCCCUCAGUCUCAGCAGCAGGCCCCCAGCAGCCCACGGGGAGGCGAAGUGUGCAGCAGUAGCAGCCGAGAGAACAAGCGUAAGCAGCGUCUGCCUCAGCAGCAGCAACAGAGCUUCACCCAGCUGGUGUGCCAGAGGAAGGAACAGAAGCAGGAGGAGCGACGGCAACUGAAGCUGCAGCUGGAGGACAUGCAGAAACAGCUACGCCAGCUGCAGGAGAAGUUCUUUCAGAUCUAUGACUCGACUGAUGACUCAGAACACAACGACCUCCACAAUGACCUCCACAACGACAUAGGGAACAUGUCUGAAGACAGCCCGGGCAGGUCUGACACCGGCGCCGAUGACCGGGGUGGAGAUGACUUGCGCUCUGACAAUGAAAUGUCUGACUUGGACCCGGGCCAUUUCCUCGACAGGGCGCGGGCGUUGCUUCAGGAGCAGGCCAUGCUGGCGGACGGAGAGAAGCCAAGAAGAGAGGGGCUCAGCCGGAGCAAAGGACAAGGAGGUCCAGGCUCCUCCAUGCAUGCUGAAGGUAAACAACUGGCAGAAACACUCAAGCAGGAACUCAAUUCAGCCAUGACCCAGGUGGUGGACACAGUGGUUAAGGUGUUUGCCAAGCCUCCACGCCCCACACCCCAGCAGGCCUUCCCCUCGCUCUCCAUACCUCCUGAGAGAUUUCCCACCACCGUCAAUGGAGACAACCCCAACUUCCAUACCGCCAACCAGAGGCUGCAGUGCUUCGGCGAUGUCAUCAUUCCCAAUCCACUAGACUCCUUCGCCAGCAUGCCCGGGAUGCCCGGUCCCACCAACGACCAAACCGAAGCGAUACCCUUAGUCGUGAGGAAGACACCCAGCGAGCACCACCACCACCAGUCCUCAGCUGUGGGAGCCCAUGGCGGGCACCACCACCCCGUCCUCCACCCCUCAUCGCUCUCAGCCUCCAUGGGCUUCAGUCCCCCAUCCUUUAGACACCCCUUUCCACUGCCUCUCAUGGGCUACCCUUUCCAGAGCCCCCUUGGUGGGCCCACAGGUGGCUACCCAGGCAAGGACCGUUCCUCUCCAGACUCUAUGGACCUGUCCAGGGAGACCACCAGCCUGAGGACCAAGAUGGCAUCAGGUCACCACUUGGCGCACCACCAUCGCUCUUGUUCACCAGCACACACUGGCAGCACAGCCGAGGGACUCUCCCUGUCCCUCAUCAAGUCUGAGUGCAGUGAUCUCCAAGACAUGGCCGACAUCUCUCCCUACUCAGGCAGCAAUAUCCAAGAAGGUCUCUCCCCCAAUCAUCUGAAGAAGGCCAAACUUAUGUUUUUCUACACCCGCUACCCGAGUUCUAAUAUGCUGAAGAUGUUCUUCUCUGAUGUCAAGUUUAACCGCUGCAUCACCUCCCAGCUGAUCAAGUGGUUCAGCAACUUCAGGGAGUUCUACUACAUCCAGAUGGAGAAGUUCGCCCGCCAGUCCAUCAACGAUGGAGUCACCGGAGUCGAGGAGUUGGGCGUCAGCCGUGACAGUGAGCUCUUCCGAGCCCUCAACAUGCACUACAACAAGGCCAAUGACUUUGAGGUCCCUGAACGCUUCCUGGAGGUGGCUGAGAUAACACUGAGAGAGUUCUUCAACGCCAUCGUGGCCGGCAAAGACGUGGACCCGUCCUGGAAGAAGGCCAUCUACAAGGUCAUCUGCAAACUGGACAGCGAGGUUCCUGAGAUCUUCAAGUCCCCCAACUGUCUCCAAGAGCUUCUACACGAGUAAAUUCCUCCUCCUCCUCCUCCUCCUCCUCUUCCUCUUCGCUCAACGCUUUGCGCUUUCUUUUUUUUAAUUUCCUCUGAUUUCAUAGAAUUUUAAAAAAUAUUCUUUUUUUUCUUGUUUUCCCCUUUCCCCCAACUUUUCUUUUGAUUUCCUGUUUUCUAUUUUUUUUUUUUUUUUUUGAAUGUAUGAAAGUUAUGAAGUAGCAUUCCCAAUCUGAAGCCUCUGUGGCAGUUCCUAAAUGACCUAGCUAUUGUGUUGUUGUUCUUAAAUGAUAAUUAUCAUGACGGUUAUUAUUUGUUUUGUUUUUGUAUGAUUCUGAACUGAAGAGACUCUAAUCUUAUUGGGUGUUUUUUUUUUUUUGUUUGUUUGUUUUUUUUUUCUUCUUCUUUUUUUUUUUUUGGACCGUGUGAACCCUCAUCCGUUUGGCCUGUUUUAUGAUCAACACUAACAAAGUCCUCGGUGUGUGUAGACGGAGUUCCUGAGUUCCCAUUUACACUUCUAAGAACAUAGGCUGGGUUCCCUGAAGACUUUACUCAUGGCACCCGGGGGUGUCCCUCCAAUCCAGCGGGUGUCCAAAUGAACUGUCCCCGCGAGACUGUGCUACUGAAGAUGUCCCCAACAGGACACACACACUCAUGCACACAGAAACAAGGCCUAGUAAGGUUACUGACUGGACUCAGACUGGACUCAUGGUACUGGUCUGUACUAACCUGUGGGACUUGGACUGGUUUCAAAUGGCUACUGAGCUCUACCAUGUUUUGAAGUGUGUUUUCCCUGCAAGUAGGGCAUUGUGUUUAAUGGGUGUACAUUAUUAUUUUUGAUUAUUAUUAUUAUUGUUGUUGUUGUUUAUGAUUAUUAUUAUUUGUCAUCACUGCUUGCUGAAGAUUGGCACUUCGAGAUUUGUUUGUCCCUUGAUGCCGUUGCAGAAAAAAAUAAAUUAUUGCUAUUAAUAUUAUUCAAAGAGUUUAGAUUCUGGAAUAAUUUGCCCACCGUUUCCCCAUCCUUCUCCUUACUCCUGUUUUCGUUUGUCCAUCUCCGAAGUGGACUUUGCUUUUGUUUGUUUUAUUUUAUUUCUGUGGUCUGAGGCAACUUGCCUGGAAACGGUUUAGAUUUGGGGUUUUAAUGGAAGCCAUCAAACUUAUGGCUGUAGUGACUAGCCCAUCCUGCACAGGACCAUUCUGGCAGAAACACAUGAAGUAAACGGUGAAGAAGUCUAGAAAUAUGCAGAAGAAGUGUGGCCUUUUCGGUGCGUAGAUGGCUAAAUUUCCGUAGCCAAUCCAGCUUUGAUAACUAAACUACUCCCACUAAACAAGCCUUUUGUCCAGCUAUCAAAAAAAAUUAUAAUCGCCUAAUUUCCUGUCUCUGAUUAGUGGACAUACACAGUAAUAACUGCAUAGGUUUUUUUGUCUUUUUAUAGCACUGUUCACUGAAUAGCUCCUGUGUGAGAUGAAGUCAGCCUGUUGAUACAGCAGGCUUUUAUUGUGAUUAGCCUACACAAGGUGUAAAUGACAUUAUGACGUUAUUUCAAUAGCAGAUACUUGAAUAUAUCAGAAUACUGUGGCAAUCUAAAGCACGGCGUCGCUGAAACAAUAGAUAAUUGAGUACAUAUGAAUAGAAGCAUCGCAGGGAGGAAGAUAACACAAGGAGGGCAAAGGGAGAGGUUGAUAUAAACUGAAACACGGCAUUCGUUAAUUCUGCUUCAAGAGGAACUUCCCCCACAGACACACAACACACACACACACACACACACACACACUGCUCCUUCCCUCCAUGCUCACCUGCCUUUGAGUGAUCUAGCUCCUCUCUCAAUGCAACAAUACGAGGUCGGAGGUGAGCACUCACCCCGGGGGUAGAUGGAGAAGCUCUCAGCACUACAAAGAGCGGGGACAAAGGCACAGAGCGAGGAGCAACACGCACCUGAAACCCUCCGCUCUGUCCCUCCGUCCCAAACUGGCAGCUUUCAAGACCCAAAGUGUGAUUCUGUUAAAGCCACUGUGCCCAGUUUGUUGAACGUCGUUCCUUUUUACCUGAGAUUUUAAUCCCAGAUUUUCCACUUGAGUUGUACAUUUUAUCCGCCCUCUCAGGCUUUUAAGGAUUUUAAGACCUAGUUAGUGUUAGCAGCCCUUUUGAUGAAGUUUGAAGCAACAAGAAAGCGUUCUAGAGUGCGUGCGAGCUCGCCGUUGAUCUCACCUUGGCGACAUUGUCUCGUGGUGCGUCUGUGUGUGUCACAAAAGAUCAAAAGGGGCAGGUUGCUUAACCUGCUGACUUGUCUAAGCGAGACAAAGCGCCUGACAAAAGGAGGCAGAGAAAGACGGAGAGCUACUCCCUUCAUUAUGUCCCCCACCUCUCCUCCUCCUCCUCCCAGAACUGUGUUCUUCUUAAGAUCCGGGAGUCCUGAGAGAGCGAGCCGGACACAUUUCUCACUGAAGGAUGGGCUCGGCCCCGCACGUCUCAGAGUCUCAAAGCACCAGCCAAGGGCUCUAAAGCGCCACAAACAAAGGAGAAAGGAAAGGACACUUUUAUCUGAUGCACAGAUUAUUAUCGCUCCCCACCCUCCUCCACCCCUCCUUCCUGCAACCCCGCCCUAGAGUUCCUCCGCCUAAAAAAGAUUAAUUCAGGAUAAUGAAGACUUAUGUGCAAAAAAAAAAGAAAAAAGGAUUAGUAAGACCUUAAUACCGCGUGGAAAAUAUUUUUGUCAAGUUUUCCUUUUUCUGGGGUCGUUUGGUUUUAAGGAUAACAUUAUUGAAAUACAUAUAUAGCCUUUUUUAAGAAUUGUAAAAGAUAAAUCUAUGGGAAGAAAAUAUAUAAAGUAGUGGAAGUUCCUCGGGAGGUUACAAAUUGUUUCAUAAAAGAAAUCUUGAGGGUAUUUUUAGUGACGGCUUUGUUUAAAUCUGUAUUCUGAAUAAGUGAGUUGUUGGUAGAUUAGGAGCAAUAGUCGUAGGUUUUUUGCAGGUUUUGUGACCAGUUUUUUCCUUUUGGUUUCUUUUUGUAUCGUGCUGAAUGGCUGUCUUCACGAGAUCAGAAAAAUAAAACUCGGAGUCCGUUUUCAGAGUAUGAAAUAUUGUCGUUGCUACUGUAAAUACUUUCAGGAUGAGACAAAGAAUAGCUGUACAGUUUUUCUAUUAUCACUCAGAGUGCUAGAAGAGGGCGGUUUAAAAGAAAAAAAAAAGAAGGGUGAAGUAAAAGAGAGAUGACCCUCUUCGCUUUUUUCAACUGGACUCAUAACCACUCUUCCAAAAAACCCCACAGAGGAGAGGUUUUUGUUGUUUUUCUUUUCCCUGCCAUGCCUUUAACGGGGGUCUGUUUCCCGUCGGCAGUGCCCUUGAAGUUGCACCAGCAUCCGUUUCUUUAAUUUUUCGCUGACAGAACGAUGCGUUAAGGCAAGCGGUCGGGUAAUGAUGAUGUCACGGAGUGGGCCGUUGGCAGGACCCGGUCUCGUCCCAAAAAACAAGGGCAGACUGCCGCCAACAUAGCUCUAGAUUUGACCCGGGAGAGAGACAGGAACUCAUUGUCAUCAGAAGACUAGUGUCAUGGAGGGGGCACAACGUUGUACAGUUUAAAAAGAGACUGCAGACGGAGAAGAAAAAAAAAGAAGUGAUUUAUACCCUUUUUUACCGGGUUCAAACAGUUGGGAAAAGUUUGGACUUUUGUGGAAUUUCUGUACGCUUUGCAUUUUGUGUGUGUGUGUGUGUGUGUGUGUGUGUGUGUACAUGUAUAUGAGUGUGUGUCUGUGUGAGAGAAAAGACCGAUUAUGAGAACCUGUGAACCACUGAGUGACACAAUUCUCAACACUGUGGCCCCUCCCCCACCCCUGGGAGUACCAUCCUGACAUGUAAAUGAUUCUCAUUAAGCGUUGGCAACGUGUGUGUGUGUGUGUGUGUGUGUGUGUGUGUGUGUGUGUUGCGAUAAUUUCCUCUGAUCUGUUUUCUGACCUGUUUGAAAGGGGUUUUUGUUUCUCGAUGCUUUUCAGUAGUUAAUUCUUUUUUUAUUAUUACAUUGCUCCUCUUUUCCUUUUUUUUUUUUUUUUUGUAAAUAUCAACGAUGUGGACUUACAGUGAUAAAUACUGCCUUUGUGUAACUUAGCAAUAUGUUAUGUAAAUAGUGUUUUGUUGAUGCUUUUUGUAUGACAUUAUUCGAUUCUAGUGCAGUAAUUCCAAACUGGAACGGCCAUGUUUCAAAUACAGUCUGAAUAGUUACACACAGGUUGUAAAAUAAAACUCAUGACAUGGCUGCUUUUAUUUUUUUUUUUUCUGUUACCGGUGUCUAUUUGUCUUGCAGAUUUUGUGUAAUUUAUUGGUUUAAUUUAUCCUAAUUUAUUUGAUGUUGUUUUCUUUUGUUUUUCAAACAGGGAAGGCUGUACUGCAUUUCAUUAAGUAGAACCAAUUUUAAAAAAGAUUUUAAUCCUUAUCUACCUAAAAAAAAUUAAAACAAUUAGUAUUCUAGCGAGCUCAUUCAAUUGAGAUAAAUGGAGAUCUUGGCAGCUAAAUGGAACUGGACAGUUUUAAAAGAAGAAGAAGGAGAAAAAAAAAGAGGUUGUUAUGUUUUGUUCCGGGACGGGGCCGAGGGUGGGCUGAAGAAAGCUGAAACUAGUUUGAAGCAGUUUUUGUAUUUUCUCUUGAGAUUUUUUCCCCUGUGUUGCUUUGGCCCAGCCCAAAAACAACCAGUAGUCAAAUUGCCUUUCGUGCCUUCACCCUCUAUGAACUGAAUGUAUGUGCAGUAUAUAUGCAAGCUUGUGCAAAAUGAAUAAAAAAUGGAAAUAAAAAUGAAAAA